AUGAAGAUUGUAGAUCGUGCAAAAUUUUUUACCUGGUACGAUGAACUUGUCAAAACCGAAUACGUGUUUGAUUUUGCUGCCGAGAUUAAACGAUAUUGUAUAUCGGAUGUGAAUCUUUUGAGACAGGGUUGUUUAUCUUUUCGUAAGAUGUUUCUGGAGAUCACUGAAAUUUGCCCGUUUGCGAAAGCUGUAACCAUCGCAUCCGCAUGUAGUGUUGUUUACAGAACUAACUUUUUAAAACAAGACAGUAUCGGUAUUAUCCCCAAAAGUGGUUACAGAGGAUUUGAUAACCAGUCGAUCAUUGCAUUAGAAUGGUUUGCGUGGAUUGAGCAUGAACGCGGAUAUCGCAUAGAGCACGCAGGUCGUGGUGCUGAAAAGGUAUUACCCGGUGGCUUGAAGGUAGAUGGAUAUUAUGAAACAGAUAGUGGAAAAACAGUAUUUGAAUUCUACGGUUGUUGGUUUCACGGUUGUCCCAAAUGCUAUCCUAGCGAUCGGGAUAAUGCAAACAUUGUUAAUGAUGUGUGGUUAACUCUGAAUGAGCGAUAUGAACGCACCAUGUUAAAGUCAUCACGCAUUAGAACAUUAGGUUAUCAUUUAGAAGAAAUCUGGGAACAUGAAUACCGUCAUUUACGAGCCGCGGAUAACAAGUGUAAAAACUUUAUCGAACACUCGGUGCCACCAGUUUUAAAAAAGAGUCGCCUCGCUCCGAGGCAUGCGUUCUACGGGGGUCGCACUGGUAACACUCGAACGUACUAUAAGAUUAACGAGGGAGAACAGAUUCGAUACCUCGAUGUUACUUCGCUCUAUCCCACUGUAAAUAAAUACGACAAGUUCCCCGUGGGACAUCCUGUAGUGUAUAUAGAUGAGGAGUGUAAACAGGUUACAGGCGAUGAUAAUGACAUAUCAAAAGUUGAAGGACUGAUAAAAUGUACAGUUUUACCACCGAGAAAUUUGUAUCAUCCUGUUUUACCUGUAAGAAUGCAUGGUAAACUAAUGUUUGCGCUAUGUCGUUCUUGUUGUGAUGAGUUACAUCAGAAUCUUUGUACACAUGAAAAUUCGGAAGAUAGGACUUUUACAGUUACGUGGGUUUCUGUUGAACUUCAAAAAGCAGUCGGUAUGGGUUAUAUCAUCACGAAAAUUGAAGAAAUAUGGCAAUACGAGAUUAGCCAGUAG